UGGGCGGCGGGGGCGGGGCGGGCGCGCGCGAGGCCGGUGCGGAGCGGGGCGCGAUGCGGGCGGCACGCGGGCUCUGGGCGGCGCUGGCCCUGCUGGUGCUGCCGGGCGGCGGCCGCGGCCUGCGCGAAGGGGACUGCGAGGUGUGCGUUACCUUCCUGGGAAGGUUCUACCAGAGUCUAAAGGACAGCAAUGCUGAGUUCACACCCGCCAGUAUUGAAAAGGAGCUCUUGAAAUCCUGCAAAGAAGCAAAAGGCAAAGAGAACCGCCUGUGCUAUUACAUUGGGGCCACCAGUGAUGCCGCCACCAAAAUCAUUAAUGAGGUAUCAAAGCCUAUGAGUCAUCACAUCCCUGUGGAAAAGAUCUGUGAGAAACUAAAGAAGAAAGACAGUCAGAUCUGUGAACUGAAAUACGACAAACAGAUCGACCUGAGCACUGCCGACCUGCGCAAGCUGCGCGUCAAGGAGCUGCGGCGCAUCCUGGAUGACUGGGGCGAGGUGUGCAAGGGAUGUGCCGAGAAAUCCGACUUCAUCCGUAGGAUCCACGAACUGAUGCCCAAGUAUGCGCCUAGAGCUGCCGGGGCCCGUUCUGACCUCUGAGGGGUGGGGAACGGGACAGGGUGGAGCGGGUGCUGGGGUGAGCUGAGGUGGGCACGCACUGUAACAAGAUGUUUAUUAAAGUACAACAGUUUCUACCGGGUACUGAGGUGCCACGUGACAUAAUUACCAGGCACACAUCACACACAAGCGCAUCAUGGCCCCCCCUCGCGCCUCCCUGGCGGGAGCAGCAGGGGACAAGACAGAAAGGGUGCUGAGGGGUCGCUAGAAUGGGACGUUUAUUGAAGUGCAGUGGUUUUUACUGGGCGCAGAGGUGCCGUGUGAUGGGAUUACCGGGCACAGCUCUCACACAUUGCAUCACAGCCUCCCCUCGCUGUCCCCUCACGCCCCGCUGGCCGCGAAUGGGAUGGAGCAGGCACUGAAGCAAGCGCUGUAACGGGUUGAUUAUUAAAG